GAGGGCGGGGCCGGCUCCGGGACCGAGGCGGCAACACGCCGAGCGAGCGCCUGUGCCCGAGGGCAGCGAUGCUGUGGUUCCAGGGCGCCAUUCCGGCCGCCAUCGCGUCGGCCAAGAGGAGCGGCGCGGUCUUCGUGGUGUUCGUGGCAGGUGAUGAUGAACAGGCUACACAGAUGGCUGCAAGUUGGGAAGAUGAGAAAGUGACAGAAGCAUCUUCAAACAGUUUUGUUGCUGUGAAAAUCGAUACCAAAAGUGAAGCCUGCCUACAGUUUUCACAGAUCUAUCCUGUAGUGUGUGUUCCAUCCAGUCUCUUUAUUGGAGACAGUGGAAUUCCCUUGGAAGUAAUAGCAGGAAGUGUUCCUGCAGAUGAACUUGUUACCAGAAUCCACAAAGUCCGGCAGAUGCACUCGUUAAAAGGUGAAAUAUCAGUGGCAAAUAGUGGCCAGUGAGAAAGUUCAGUCUCUACUCCAUCCACCUCCUUUGAUCAGAACAACACUUCUGAAAACUGUCAGUCCAGAAAUGUAGAGCUCUGUGAGACACCACCCACUUCUGAUACAAAGUCAGAUUCUGCAACAGGAGGAGAAAUUUCAGGCCAGGCCACUGUGUCUCCAGAGCCUGGUGGAUGUUCAAAUCAGAGACCUACAGAGGAGCUCACCGUCAGAGUGGAAAGACUAACCAAAAACCUUGAAGAAAAGAGAGAAGAGAAAAGGAAAGAGGAAGAACAGAGAGAGAUUAAGGAGGAAAUUGAGAGGAGGAAAACUGGAAAAGAAAUGUUGGAUUAUAAAAGAAAGCAAGAAGAAGAAUUAACAAAAAGAGUGUUAGAGGAAAGGAACAGAGAAAAGGCAGAAGAUAGGGCAGCUCGAGAGCGUAUAAAACAGAAGAUUGCACUGGACCGUGCAGAGAGAGCUGCUCGUUUUGCAAAGACAAAGGAAGAAGUAGAAGCUGCUAAAGCUGCUGCCCUGCUGGCCAAACAGGCAGAAAUGGAAGUCAAGAGAGACUCUUCCACAACAGAAAGAAGCAGUGUUGCGAGAAUUCAAUUCCGUCUUCCUGAUGGUUCUUCCUUCACAAAUCAGUUCCCUUCUGAUGCUCCUCUAGAAGAAGCAAGGCAGUUUGCUGCACAGACUGUUGGCAACACUUACGGUAAUUUUUCAUUAGCAACAAUGUUUCCCAGGAGGGAAUUUACCAAAGAAGAUUAUAAAAAGAAAUUACUGGAUUUGGAACUUGCCCCAAGUGCUUCAGUGGUACUGUUGCCAGCAGGAAGACCAACUACAUCCAUGGUACAUUCUUCCAGUGGCGACUUUUGGACAUUCUUGGGGACAGUCCUUUACCCAUUCCUUGCCAUCUGGAGAUUGAUUAGCAACUUCUUAUUUAGUAAUCCUCCUCCUGCACAGACCUCGGUGAGAGCAGCAUCAUUGGAAUCCUCAAACCUUGCAUCCUCUAGCAACUCAGAAAAAAGGGAACCAGUCAGAAAAAGAGUGCUGGAGAAACGGGGGGAAGACUUGAAAAAGGAGGGCAAGAUAUACAGAUUGAGGACUCAAGACGAUGGUGAAGAUGAAAACAACACUUGGAAUGGAAAUUCUACUCAACAGAUGCAGUGUGACAAGGACAAUAUGUGCA